AUAGAGGGGGAGGUGUGGAGAUUGGGGCAAAGGAGAAAGAGGAAAAGAGGAUUGGAGGGUGACCACGUUUAGCAACACGCAAACCCUCUUUACUUUUUCUUCUUCUCCUUCUUCUAGGGUUUUAGCUCCACUCCUUCCCUCGCGCCUCUGCAAUGAGCAACGACAAGGAUACCUUCAACGUCGCCGAUCUCACCUCUGCUCUCAACGAGGAGAAUCGAGCAGACCUUGUUAAUGCCCUUAAGAGCAAGAUUCAGAGUUUGGCUGGACAGCACUCUGAUAUUCUAGAGUCUCUGUCACCGAAUGUCAGGAAGCGCGUUGAGGUUCUUCGUGAGAUUCAGGGUCAACAUGAUGAAUUGGAGGCCAAAUUUUUUGAGGAGAGAGCAGCUCUCGAGGCCAAGUACCAAAAAUUGUAUCAACCACUGUACACAAAGCGGUAUGAAAUUGUUAAUGGUGAAGUUGAAGAAGGGGCAGUGAAUGAAACAACACCUGAUAAUGAGGAGGAUAAUGAGAAAGGAGUGCCUGCAUUUUGGCUUAAUGCAAUGAAAAAUAAUGAAGUGUUAGCAGAGGAGAUUUCGGAGCGUGAUGAAGGUGCUCUCAAGUUUCUCAAAGAUAUAAAGUGGAGCAGGAUAGAAAACCCCAAGGGGUUCAAGCUUGAGUUUUUCUUUGAUACCAAUCCUUAUUUUACCAAUUCUGUGUUAACCAAAACAUAUCACAUGAUUGACGAGGAUGAACCAAUAUUGGAGAAAGCAAUUGGGACUGAAAUUCAGUGGCAGCCUGGAAAAUGCCUGACACAGAAGAUUCUUAAGAAAAAGCCUAAGAAGGGUUCAAAGAAUGCUAAACCAAUCACCAAAACUGAAGGUUGUGAAAGUUUUUUCAAUUUCUUCAAUCCACCACAAGUUCCUGAAGAUGACGAAGACAUUGAUGAAGAUGCGGCUGAGGAACUUCAGAAUCAAAUGGAACAAGACUAUGACAUUGGGUCAACAAUAAGAGACAAGAUUAUUCCUCAUGCUGUAUCAUGGUUUACUGGGGAGGCCAUUCAGGGUGAUGAGUUUGGAGACUUGGAGGAGGAUGAGGAUGAUGAUGAUAUUGAAGAGGAUGACGAUGAAGAGGAGGAGGAUGAUGAAGAUGAUGAUGAGGAUGAAGAUGAAGAGGAAGAAACCAAGACUAAAAAGAAGUCAUCAGCACCUAAGAAGAGUGGAAGAGGAGCACAGCUUGUUGAUGGGCAGCAGGGUGAGAGACCUCCAGAGUGCAAGCAGCAGUAGAAGUUUGUUUCUGCAGGAGGGUAAUUUAUGAAGUUGAGUUUUGUUGGUGUUCGAGAAUGUCUGAUGUGAAAGUGGGUUUCAUGUGGUUUUAAUGUUUCUUAAUUGAUUUUUCUCCCAAAUCUUGGUAGUCUGAAUUUGUUGAGAGUCCCUUCUCCUAUUUUGCGCCCGUUAGAGAGAAUGUGGUUAUAUAGUUAGGAUGCUGUGUUUUGUUUUUGUUGGAAUUUGUACUUCCAUCUGGUAUACUUGAAAUAUAGUUUGUUUCUUUAACUAGUAAUUUUUGUUAUAGAACUUGAUCAUAGCUUGUUCA